UUUUUUCUCAGGGUCUACAAUAUUGGUAUAGAGACAAAGCCAGGCAAAGGUCAAUUCAGGAACACAAGUAUUGUUACACUGUCACCAAGGUACCAUAUUGACAACAUGUCGGAACAUAAACUGGCAGUGGCACAGAGGCACUUCACUAAUAAAGAGGCAAUACACAAUCCAGAUGGUCACUUGACAGCCUUGCCAAAUUGUAAGAUGCCAUUUCAUUGGCCUAGACAGGACCUAGAUCAGUUGUUAUGUGUAAAGUUAUUGAAUAUUGAAGACUGCAACUGGUCAGGUGGUUUUAGAAUUGAUGCAGUUAAUUCUUUCCAUGUUAACAUGAGAGAUGGAAGGAAGAACUCCAUAUUGUUGAAGGUAGAGGUUCUACUACAGGGACAGACGUUCAACAUCAUUUUCUCUGAUGCUGAAGAAACACCCCCACCUUUCAGGAUAGAUAAUAUGUCUGAGGUACCUCUGCUGUAUUUCCAAACCAAGACCACAGAAGAGAGACUAAGAACUUAUGUGAGACCUCAAACAAGUUUGGCAUAUGCCUGGGAUGAGCCUACACUUGACCCCUACAUGACCUUAUCAGUGGCCAAUGGUACAACAGCUACCUAUAACCUGGAUCUUCUUGGUGAAGGGGAACAACUCAGUUACCAAAACUACCUGUAUAUCUGUGCUACGGCUACAUUACGGAGAGGCAAUGAAUACAGUGAUGUUAAAUAUACAGAUCUUGUUCUUGACUGUGAACAUAAUUAUGUGAAGUUUAGAAAAAAGGAGGCAGGGAAGAGGUCACAGUUGUGGCGUAUGACCAGCAGUGGAAUGUUAGAACAUGAGGGAACUGGGCAACCCAUGGAUCCGAGCAAGGCAAGCGGGUCUCGGCCAGGUCAGAGAUUCGUACUUGAUAUAGCAGACAUAGCAUACCAACCAGGCAAGCCUGUAGCUCUAGCACUAAAGAAAGCAGAUGAAAGGCGAGCUGCCAAACAGACUUGGAGAUUUGUGAAUGGUAUGCUAUGUUGUUCCACUGGAAACUUCUGUGUACAGGCGGUCAGUGAUGUGGAUGGUUUACAGGAUGGUGCCAUAGCAAUUUUGGGACCAGGACCACCAGAGGGUUGCACUGUCCCACCCCGCAUGCAGAUGUCAUACCAGAAACUGCACCCAGGCAGCGGAUGUCUCACUGUACGCAUACAGAUGGACGGCCCAGUCAGAGUGCUACAGAUAAAUGAUGUUAAACAAAGGCAUAUAAAAAAGAUGGUGAGUAAAGAUGAUGAGGACUGGGAAAUAUAUGAAGAAUCGUUGAACCAUAAAACAAAUGAAAAACGGAAGAAACCAACACAGAAAUUUAUUGAGCUGGAUGUAAAUCUGAAGGGAGGGGUUGGUAUUUCACUGGUUAACAAAGUUCCUGAAGAACUGUUGUAUAUCACCCUGAAGAAUAUUACCCUUAGUUACCGUUCCAACCAGAGAGGUACUACACUGGAAAUGAAUGUAUCAAAUAUACAGGCUGACAAUCAGUUGUUUGGUGCUAGCCGUACUGCCAUGUUGUAUGUAACUCCUACCUCAAAAAGAGAUGUUGUAGAAAAUACACAGGCUUUACUCAUAUCUGCUCAUAAACUGCCAAAUGUUGGCUGGAAUGCUGAAAUAUUUAAGCAUCUAAUUAUCUCAAUGAAGAAGUUGACAGUACAGCUGGAGGAGGAGUUGCUAUGGAAACUGGUACAGUUUGCAGGUAUAGGUCAAUCAGAUACCAGCUUGGAGAAACUAGAGGAAGGCAUUGAUGAUCUACAGAAAACACUGUCCAGCGUUGCCUCAGUGAAGACUAAGCGUUACUAUUUUGGUACUCUGCGUGUGAACCAGACUUGUAUUACACUUAGCAUGUUGAAGGCAUCAGGAGGCCUACCACCAGAUCUAGCUAGCCUCAAGAAAACUAUGGGUAUACCUCUGAUCAACUUUGAGGAUGCAGAUGUUGACAUUGCUCGCUUCAAUGAAAGUCAUACAUUUGAAUCAAAGGAGUUCUUUAUGAAUGAACUCAAAAAACAUUAUAAAGAUGAAUUAACAGGACAGGCGAUAAAGAUCCUUGGUUCUGUAGAUUUUCUCGGCAAUCCCUUGGGUCUGGUAAAUGAUGUUGCCGAGGGUUUAUCCGGCCUUAUUGAAGAGGGAAAUGUUGGCGGUCUUGCUAAAGGCAUCUUCCACGGCUUCUCUAACUCAACUGCUAAAGUGACAGGAGCAUUAUCUGAAGGAUUGAGUACUGUACAUAUGGACAGUAAACACAACACAAAGAGGCAGCAGAUCCGCAGCAGAGGUACAUCUAGUGGUAGUCAGUUUAUGUCUGGGCUCAAGGGGCUAGGACAUGGGCUCUAUGGAGGGGUGAAGAGUAUUGUCAAACCUUUUGAAGGGGCAGUGGAAGGAGGCAUUGAGGGUUUUGGAAAGGGUCUAUAUCAGGGUGUUACAGGUAUAGUGACAAAACCCGUUGCAGGAGUUCUCGACUUUGCCUCUGGAAUGUCUAAUGCCGUCCGUGAUGCCAGUCGUCGUUCCUCACACAUGCAGCCGAGUCGUGUACGUAACCCUCGGUGCUGUCACGGUCCUGGCGGUUUGUUGCCGCCAUAUUCCCUGUCACAGGCAGAAUCUCAGGCACUAUUGUACAGGCUGAAUGAUCACUGUUAUGAGGAAGUGUUUAUUGCAACAGAGUUGGUACGAGGUGGAGCAACAGAUACCCUGUAUGUAAUGAUCACCAAUCAUCAAGUUUUCUUCUUACGAAGUCUUGAUCACCAUAAAGAAAACAUCAUCCUUAAUAUCAAACAUGGCGACUACAUACAGUGCAGAAACUUUGAAAGAGAGGGCAGGUUUUAUGUGGAGAUUUUUAGAAAGGAGGACAAAAGUAGCAUCAGUCACGCUAGUAACAAGAAACCUCAAAUACGAUGCAACACAAAAAGCACUGCACAGAAGGUUGCCCAGCAGAUAAACUAUGCCAAGAAUUUAUUUGAUGAGAAGAAGCUGAGCCUGUCUGUUAUCCAAGAUGAGGAUGAGCAAUUUUAGAUGAGGAUAUGGUAGUUCAUACACAACUUUCAUACAGAAUUACAGUCUACCUGUAUAUAAAGACUGUGCUUGGGAAAGCAAAAAAAACAAAAACACUUUUUUAAUGUGCAUAUGAUCUUUAUAAACAAAUUAAACAAAAAUGAAAAUAUUUAGUUUGAAAUUGAAACUAGUGAUCUAUAGGGUCAGAUGGGCGUUGUUCACAGGUAGUCUAAGUUCACAUAUGGAGUCUGUUCACUGGUAGUCUCUCUUCACAUGUGUUAUCUGUUCACUGUUCACAUGUAGUCUCUGUUUCUAAGGUAGUCUCUCUUCACAUGUGGAGGCUGUUCACAGGUAUUCUCUGUUCACAGGUAGUCUGUGUUCACAUAUGGAGUCUGUUCACUGGUAGUCUCUCUUCACAUGUGUUAUCUGUUCACUGUUCACAUGUAGUCUCUGUUUCUAAGGUAGUCUCUGUUCACAUGUGGAGGCUGUUCACAGGUAUUCUCUGUUCACAGGUAGUCUGUGUUCACAUAUGGAGUCUGUUCACUGGUAGUCUCUCUUCACAUGUGUUAUCUGUUCACUGUUCACAUGUAGUCUCUGUUCACAUGAUUAUGGUAUACAUUGCCAGUGAGUGAAGAUUAAAAGGGAAAUCUUAUAGUGACAGAAAAGCUGCAACAGUGAAGUCACAUUGAAUGUAGCAAUAAAUUGACAGAAAGUAUUCAGAAGGCUGUGAUUUUAUAUCAUUAUAGUGAAUUCCAAGAAACAUUAUGAAUAAAACCAUGAAAUGGUUUAUUAGCAGAAUGCUGUUUCUUCUGUGAUUGAAUAUAACUGUGGUGGUCAUUAUAAUAUGUAUAUAUAUCUUGUCAUGUCAUAUAAGAUAUUGUAUAUAUAGCACAAACAAUGCAUAUGCUAUAAAGUCAUUAGUUAUUAUUUAAAUUGUUCAUCAACUUGUCCAUGUCCAAAAUCUCUGUGGGGUCAAAACUUUUUUGUUGGACAUUUAACUUGCUGUAGGGUGUAUUUACAGGGCAUGGCAUUUCAUACUAUAUAAGAUUUUAUGAAAAACUGUAGUAGAAAAUGUUAGUGAUAUUGAAUGCAACAAAUACAUCAAGUUUAACCAUUAUAUAACUUGAUUGACAUUUUCACAUUGUAGAAGUUUAGCUGUUGUAGUAAGAAAUACUUUAGAAAAUCUCAUGCACAUCAAAUAUUAAGUGUUAGCUCAUAUAACCUCAUUUUAGUAAUGUUUUGGAUAUUACUGGUAUAUCGUACAUCCUACAGAGAUCCUGCUGCAGUACUUUAUGUAAAGAAGAGUUACGAGUUCUUUAUGAUGAUUGGGCAGGUGACAAUGGGUCCUCCACCUCUAAGUCAUAUGGAGAAGUUAAGAAGUUGUCAGUUACUUGCAGAGAUCAUGUCAGUACUAGUUAGAUCAACUGUUACAUCACUGAAAUAAUGGUAGAAAUAGCAGUACACCCUAUUCAAACAAACAAGAUUCUUUAAACAAAGGUUUAAUAGCAGAAAUAGAACUGUUGUGAAUUUCAAGGUUAUUCUUUUUUUAUUGUAAUGGACAAUAUUUGUAUAAAAACUUAAAUGUUUAAUACUUAUGGUUCAUUGUGUUUACAGACAAAAUUUGACAUUUAUUGAGAAAAUAUUGUUUGAAAAUACUUUUAAUGGCAAUUUAAUGGCCUUUUAUAAUGCAGUUAUUUAAUUGCAUUAAUAUUGCAAUUGAAAUCCAUGAAGUAAACUGAGCUUGAUAUUGCUUGUAAAUAAAAGAUGUUUAUAUUUGUAAAGAUGUUAUUUUUAUUGUCAGAAGAGAUAAUUAUUCUGAAAUAAGGCCACUUUUUACUCAAUUCAUUCCAUUGUUCAGAAAAUAUGGUAUGAAUAUGUGCAUGCUGUAAGAUGUUUAAACAAGACACGUUGGUUUUUCGUGUUUUAUGGAGAGCAGUGAUUUAAGUGGGGGGAGGGUCAUUUAUUACUUUUUAUGUUGUUGCAGUACUGUUUUUUUUUUAGCUCAUCUUUCAAGUCGUCCGUCGUCAACAAUUGUGUUAAACGACAUCUCCUCCAAAACCACCAAAUGGAUUUUGAUGAAACUUGGCUUGGAUGUUCCUUGGAUGGUCCUCUACCUGAGUUAUUCAAACGGUACCGCUUAGUUGCACAUAGAAGCUGCCAGAGCUAAAAAUGGAAAAAUAUUCAAACACAAUUUCCACCUUAACCAAUGGUCCGAUUUUGAAAUAAUUUCACACAAAUGGUCCUUAUGUCACCCUCUAUCAAGAUUGUUCAAAUUAUACCGAUUCAUUAAAAAACAUGGCCGCCAGGGGACGGGGUCAGUUUUUCAUAUAUGUAUAUAGUAGCAAAUUAAAAAAUCUUCUUGUGUGAAACUGCUGGCUAAAAUUUCGCACAUGUAAUAGUACUUUUUUGAACAUGGAUCAUCAAGCCAUAUCCACUUUCCAAAUUUGUAGAUAUUAAUACACUGCAGAAUAUUAGUGCCAUCUGGCUAAUCUUUAUACCGAUUUCUGUAGUGAACUUGUUUAAGAAUUCCCAAUCUCCAUCACUCGACUUCUUUAUUCCAUCAAUCCAGACAUCAUCAACAUUCAUACUUUCAAAAAUUGCUUCUACGAUCCUAGAUUUACUGUCAAAAUGUUAUUAAUCAAAUGUCCACCAUCUUCUGAACAUGCUGUCUGUGCAUUAUGCCAAGUUUUCUUCUGGUCGGCAUACAGUUUGACACAGUAGUCGUCUCUGUCAGUUUGUAGUCAGAUGGACACCAAGAGAGUAUUCACACAGUCUGAUAUCUUUCUCUGUCCAGCUGGUCUCACUGUUGCUUAAACAAAGAGUGGAAUUAUAUCCACAUUUUCUUGUUCGAGUUUGAGAACCAAAUGUUCCAUUUUUUUGCGUCACAGACUUCCCAAUCACUCCAUUCACCACAUGGAUGUAAGAGACAUAUUUUCUUAAUCCGAUUGUCUAAUUUCUCUGCAAACUGGUCAGUUUCUUUUUCCUUUUCAAUUUUUCUGUCAACAGCUGGAGUAUCUUGUUUUGUUUCGUCAUCAACCAUGGAUAAUUUUUCUUCCAUAUUUACAAAUGUUUUUCCAAGAAGUUUAAGUAGAGGGCUGUCUAAUUUUCUUCAAUUUUCAUUAAAUAUAUGCCAUCUAUACAAGUGUCUGAUGUACUGUUGUUGUCCUCGGCUGGCAGGCACUGUCCAUAACAACUUUUCAUCAAAACUAAUAGACAUGUCUUUAAAAGAAUUUUUAAAACAUCCAUUGUGUCUCUGCCUAUUCUCUGAUUAAUAGAUAUAAAUAGAUAUUAAAUAAAAUAUUUGUUGCAACUAUGCACUUUUUCUUUGAGCAUACAGUCUGAAUGCCUGUCUAGGUUUGGGAGAGAAAGUAUAAAGUGCCUGUCUUUAAAUUCCAGAAAACAAUGUUUAGCCAAACCCACAGUGUGUUUAGAUAUGGACAGCUGGAACAGAUUUCAGUUUGGAAACAGGAUGAAGGAACAUACUGUGUUUGUCAGCUAGUUAAGAGUAGAAAUAUAAACUUUCAUGGUUUGUUUACCUGAAUACAGUAAUAUGAACCACCUGAGCACAAAGGUGAGCUAUUGUGAUCGCUCACCGUCCGGCAUCCAUCGUCCGUCCACAUUUUCCUUUAAACAUCUCCUCCUAUACCGCCAGGCCAAUUUUGAUAAAACUUCACAGGGAUGUUCCUUGGAUAGUCUCCUUUAAAAGUUGUUCAAAGAUUUGAACUCUGUACUGAACUCUGGUUGCCAUGGCAACCAAUAGGAAAAACUUUAAAAAUCUUCUUGUCCCAAACCGCAAGGUGUAGAGCCUCGAUAUUUGGCAUGUGACAUCAUCUUAUGGUCCUCUAUGAAGAUUGUUCAAACUAUGUCCCUGGGGUGAAAAGAGGCCCUGCUUUGGGUGGUCCCAAGUUCUACAUAGACUUAUAUAGGAAAAAACUUAAAAAAUCUUCUUGUCUGAAACCACAAGACCUAGGCCUUUGAUAUUUGAACAGUAUAAUAUUAUAGGCUAACAUAGAAGAAACCUAACUUUGUACUUGUACCAUUACUUUACACAAACACACAUGAAGCCUUGUACACAGGUGAGCGCUUUAGGGUCAAUGACCCCCUUAUUUAAUUUACUAUUUUGUACAUUGUAGAUACUUUAAGUGAUGCUUUUUAAAUUUUGUUUUUGUCUCUGCUAGAGGUUUUAAAUGAACAAAUCAUACAUCGGUGCCUCUCUGUAGUAAGAAGGCACAGUCUUGUCGGAAGGUUAUAAAAUCCUCCACCGGAAACUUGGAAAAGUCCCUAUAUGACACAUUGUGUUGGUGUGGCUCUAAACCCAGCAGAUACGUUAAGAUGCCAUUUCAUAGGCAAACUGGAUAUAAUAUUGAGAAUUAGACAUAGUAUUAGAGAUAAUCCCAUGUGAAUUUUAAAUUGGAUUCUAAAUUCAUCACUUAUGAAAGAGGAAUAUUUGUUCACUAGUUUGUAAAUUCUUGUAAGAGACUGACAAGAGAAAACUGUGAAAGGUUUUACUAUGUAGAUUAAGAAAAUGCAGCAUAAUAAAAAUUUUAAUAGCAUUAAGUAUAUCUAUAAUAUUAUUCAUGUACAUUUAGAGCAUGAACAUUGACUGUUGUAGUAUUUCUGUGUUAUAAAACUGCAUAUAUUGUGUAUAUUUACCCUACAAGUGUAACUUGGUGCAGUGUUUUCAUGUCAACUUCCUUUGCCUCUAGUCUCUAUUUUUGCUAUCAUUUAUUCAAUCCAACGUUAUAUUUCUGGAGUGUAGUUUUAUUGUACAUGUAUGUAAAUAGUACAUGGAAUAAUCAGAAUAUGGUUGUUAAAGUUUGUUAUGCCAUUUGUUUAUAAACUGACCAGACAGGUGACCCAGAGAGAUUUGUGACAAUUCUGUACAAGUGUUACUGUAUAAUCAUUGUGAGGGAUACAGGUUAUGUUGUAAUCAUCAAUUCAUACUUAGACUAGUUGUGUAAUACACUCAUAACAUGGUUUCACUAAUCAUUUCUGUGAAAAAAAUCCUCAGGACUGGUGUAGUUUUGUUUAGGACAGGGUAUUCUAAAAACUAAAAUAGUCCUUAGUUUUGUGAUAUUAAACUAGACAUUAAAACUGAGAGUGGAAUUUUAGAUAAAGUGAAAGAGCACUAUAUUUUGUAGUGAGCAUUUUUAACCAACUUUUAAUAUAUUCAGUUUUGCUGAAAAGAAAUGUUUUGAAUAUGGUUAAAGACUUAAUUCUAGACUUGCUUUAUACACAUAAAUGCCCUUCAGUACUGGGUAGGACAUACGUAUAACAUGAACAUGUUUUAAUUACGUUUUAUGAUGUUUUAUAUACCAAGAUAGAGAUUACAUUGGUUUGAAAUAGAAUUAUAGAACUUGCAUGUUUGAGAAAAAUGCAGAGUUAUCUCGUGAAGUAGAUAUUUUAGCAGGGAUUAAAUUUAGUGCUUGUGCAAAUCAGUGUCAGUUUCUUUAUAUACGUAGCAUCAACCUCUCGUGAAUUUUUUUUUCAUAGUGCUUUUAUGAAGAGACAGUUUUGUUUAUUUCAGUGCAAAAUCAGAGUAUCUUUCAGGAGUGUACAUCAGAUACAUUAUUUUUACCACUGAUGUUUAUGAGUGCAAGAUAUAUGUUGAUUUAACAUGUAAAACAAACAUGUCUUUUCAAUGUUUUUAACCAGAUUUUACUCAUUACAAGUUCUGUUAAUGUGAUAAAAUAUAUCCGAGUUUCUCCUGGAAAUUACUACAUAUAUUUUAAGAACUCUCUGGAAAAUAUGUAAUAAGAACUACAAGAUGAAUAGCAAAAUACUCCAGUAUUUGUUAGUAUUUUAUUAGUAAUUUAGACUAUUGUUUGUUUUUAUGAAAUUUGUAAAUAAGUAACUCUGCUACUGAUGUACAUGGCAAAAUUAAAAGAUUGUAUUACUUGUUAAAAAUAAAUAUGACACAUUG